GGCGGCAUGGGGGCAGGCGCUGGCGUCGCGCGAGCCCGGGCCGGAGCGGCGCGCUAGAGCCCUGACGUGCGCCCUUUUCUUUCUUCUCCCGGCCGCGGAAAGCAUGAACGUGCAGACCCGCCGCUGCGGCGGCCGCCCCGGCUCCUCGCCCGCGCGUCCCCUGGCCGCCGGUCGCCGGUGAGGGCCGCGAGCGCGCGCGGUGGGGGGGAAGAUGGGGGCCGUGCUGAGGAGCCUCCUGGCCUGCAGCUUCUGCGUGCUGCUGAGAGCGGCCCCUUUGUUGCUUUAUGCAAACAGACGGGACUUGAGAUUGGUUGACGCUACAAAUGGCAAAGAGAAUGCAACGAUUGUAGUUGGAGGCUUGGAGGAUGCAGCUGCGGUGGACUUUGUGUUUAGUCAUGGCUUGAUAUACUGGAGUGAUGUCAGCGAAGAAGCCAUUAAACGAACAGAAUUUAACAAAACUGAGAGUGUACAGAAUGUUGUUGUUUCUGGAUUAUUGUCCCCGGAUGGGCUGGCAUGUGAUUGGCUUGGAGAAAAAUUGUACUGGACAGAUUCUGAAACUAAUCGUAUUGAAGUUUCUAAUUUAGAUGGAUCUUUACGAAAAGUUUUAUUUUGGCAAGAGUUGGAUCAACCCAGAGCUAUUGCCUUAGAUCCAUCAAGUGGGUUCAUGUACUGGACAGACUGGGGAGAAGUGCCAAAGAUAGAACGUGCUGGAAUGGAUGGUUCAAGUCGUUUUGUUAUAAUAAACACUGAAAUUUACUGGCCAAAUGGACUGACUCUGGAUUAUGAGGAGCGGAAGCUUUAUUGGGCAGAUGCAAAACUUAAUUUCAUCCAUAAAUCAAACUUGGAUGGAACAAAUCGGCAGGCAGUGGUUAAAGGUUCCCUUCCACAUCCUUUUGCCUUGACGUUGUUUGAGGACACAUUGUACUGGACUGACUGGAAUACACACUCUAUUUUGGCUUGCAACAAGUAUACUGGCGAGGGUCUGCGUGAAAUUCAUUCUAACAUCUUCUCUCCCAUGGAUAUACAUGCUUUCAGCCAGCACAGGCAGCCAAAUGCUACAAAUCCAUGUGGAAUUGAUAAUGGUGGUUGUUCCCAUUUGUGUUUGAUGUCUCCAGUCAAGCCCUUUUAUCAGUGUGCUUGUCCAACUGGGGUCAAGCUUCUGGAGAAUGGAAAAACCUGCAAAGAUGGUGCCACUGAACUAUUGCUGUUAGCCCGACGGACAGACUUGAGGCGAAUUUCUUUGGAUACACCAGAUUUUACCGACAUUGUCCUGCAGUUAGAAGAUAUCCGGCAUGCCAUUGCCAUAGACUAUGAUCCUGUAGAAGGCUACAUCUACUGGACUGAUGAUGAAGUGCGGGCCAUCCGUCGUUCUUUCAUAGAUGGAUCUGGCAGUCAGUUUGUGGUCACAGCCCAGAUUGCCCAUCCUGAUGGUAUUGCUGUUGACUGGGUUGCAAGAAACUUGUACUGGACAGACACUGGCACUGACCGGAUAGAAGUGACAAGGCUCAAUGGGACCAUGAGGAAGAUCCUGAUUUCAGAGGAUUUAGAGGAGCCCCGGGCUAUUGUGUUAGAUCCCAUGGUUGGGUACAUGUAUUGGACAGACUGGGGAGAAAUCCCCAAAAUUGAGCGAGCUGCUUUGGAUGGAUCUGACCGAGUAGUUCUUGUUAACACUUCCCUUGGUUGGCCAAAUGGCUUAGCCCUGGAUUAUGAUGAAGGCACAAUAUACUGGGGAGAUGCCAAAACAGACAAAAUUGAGGUCAUGAAGACCGAUGGCACUGGGAGGCGAGUGCUGGUGGAAGACAAGAUCCCUCACAUAUUUGGGUUCACCUUGCUGGGAGACUAUGUCUACUGGACUGACUGGCAGAGGCGGAGCAUUGAGAGAGCACACAAGCGGAGUGCAGAGAGGGAGGUCAUCAUAGACCAGCUGCCAGACCUCAUGGGGCUGAAGGCCACAAGUGUUCACAGAGUCAUUGGUUCUAACCCUUGUGCUGAGGAAAAUGGAGGAUGUAGCCAUCUUUGCCUCUACAGGCCUCAGGGACUUCGAUGUGCCUGUCCCAUUGGCUUUGAACUCAUCAGUGACAUGAAGACAUGCAUUGUUCCUGAGGCUUUUCUUCUGUUCUCACGGAGAGCAGAUAUCAGACGCAUAUCUUUGGAAACAAACAACAAUAAUGUGGCCAUUCCUCUCACUGGUGUCAAAGAAGCUUCUGCUUUGGAUUUUGAUGUCACAGACAACAGAAUUUACUGGACUGAUAUAUCACUGAAGACGAUUAGCAGAGCCUUUAUGAAUGGCAGUGCACUGGAACAUGUGGUAGAGUUUGGCUUAGAUUACCCAGAAGGCAUGGCAGUGGACUGGCUUGGGAAGAACUUAUACUGGGCAGACACAGGAACAAAUCGCAUCGAGGUGUCAAAGUUGGAUGGACAGCACCGACAGGUUUUGGUAUGGAAAGACCUUGACAGUCCCCGAGCUCUGGCACUGGAUCCUGCUGAAGGGUUUAUGUAUUGGACUGAGUGGGGAGGGAAGCCUAAGAUUGACAGAGCGGCUAUGGAUGGAAGUGAGCGCACGACAUUGGUUCCAAAUGUGGGCCGUGCAAAUGGCCUCACCAUCGACUAUGCUAAAAGGCGGCUUUACUGGACAGACCUGGACACCAACUUAAUAGAAUCCUCAAAUAUGCUUGGACUCAACCGUGAAGUUAUAGCAGAUGACUUGCCUCAUCCUUUUGGCUUAACUCAGUACCAAGAUUACAUCUACUGGACAGACUGGAGCCGACGCAGCAUUGAACGUGCCAACAAAACCAGUGGCCAAAACCGCACCAUCAUCCAGGGCCAUUUGGAUUAUGUGAUGGACAUCCUGGUCUUCCACUCUUCCCGGCAGGCGGGGUGGAAUGAGUGUGCCUCCAGCAACGGGCACUGUUCCCACCUCUGCCUGGCUGUGCCUGUUGGAGGUUUUGUGUGUGGAUGCCCUGCCCACUACUCCCUGAAUGCUGACAACAGGACCUGUAGUGCUCCUACCACCUUCCUGCUCUUCAGUCAGAAGAGCGCCAUCAACCGCAUGGUGAUUGAUGAACAACAGAGUCCUGACAUCAUCCUUCCUAUCCACAGCCUUCGGAACGUCCGGGCCAUUGAUUAUGACCCUUUGGACAAGCAGCUCUACUGGAUUGACUCUCGGCAAAACAUGAUACGGAAGGCACAAGAAGACGGUGGCCAGGGUUUUACUGUGGUUGUAAGCUCAGUUCCAAAUCAGAAUCUUGAAAUACAGCCCUAUGAUCUCAGCAUCGAUAUUUAUAGCCGUUACAUCUACUGGACCUGUGAAGCUACCAAUGUCAUUGAUGUGACGAGAUUAGAUGGACGAUCAGUUGGAGUGGUUCUAAAAGGCGAGCAAGAUAGACCUCGAGCCAUCGUGGUAAACCCCGAGAAAGGGUAUAUGUAUUUUACCAAUCUUCAGGAAAGAUCUCCUAAAAUUGAACGGGCUGCAUUGGAUGGUACAGAACGGGAGGUCCUCUUUUUCAGUGGCUUAAGUAAACCAAUUGCUUUGGCUCUGGAUAGCAAGCUGGGCAAGCUCUUCUGGGCUGAUUCAGAUCUGCGGCGAAUUGAAAGCAGUGAUCUCUCAGGUGCCAACAGGAUAGUGUUAGAAGACUCUAAUAUACUGCAGCCUGUGGGUCUGACCGUGUUUGAAAACUGGCUCUAUUGGAUUGAUAAGCAGCAGCAGAUGAUUGAGAAGAUUGACAUGACAGGUCGAGAAGGAAGAACCAAGGUCCAGGCUCGAAUUGCUCAGCUGAGUGACAUCCAUGCAGUGAAGGAGCUGAGCCUUCAGGAGUAUAGACAGCACCCAUGUGCCCAGGAUAAUGGCGGCUGCUCACAUAUUUGCCUUGUAAAAGGAGAUGGCACUACAAGAUGCUCCUGCCCCAUGCACUUAGUUCUGCUUCAGGAUGAGCUGUCCUGUGGAGAACCUCCAACAUGUUCUCCUCAGCAGUUCACAUGUUUCACUGGAGACAUUGACUGCAUCCCUGUGGCUUGGCGGUGUGAUGGGUUUACUGAAUGCGAAGACCAUAGUGAUGAACUCAAUUGUCCUGUAUGCUCGGAGUCUCAGUUCCAGUGUGCCAGUGGGCAGUGCAUUGACGGUGCCCUGCGAUGCAAUGGUGAUGCGAACUGCCAGGACAAAUCAGACGAGAAGAACUGUGAAGUGCUUUGUCUGAUUGAUCAGUUCCGCUGUGCCAAUGGCCAGUGCGUCGGAAAGCACAAGCAAUGCGACCACAGCGUGGACUGCAGUGACAGGUCCGAUGAACUGGACUGCUAUCCAACUGAGGAGCCAGCACCACAGGCCACCAACACAGUUGGUUCCGUUAUUGGAGUAAUUGUCACCAUUUUUGUGUCUGGAACUAUAUACUUUAUCUGCCAAAGGAUGCUGUGUCCUCGUAUGAAGGGAGAUGGGGAGACCAUGACUAAUGACUAUGUGGUUCACGGCCCAGCUUCUGUGCCUCUUGGGUAUGUUCCUCACCCAAGUUCUCUGUCUGGAUCUCUUCCAGGAAUGUCUCGAGGCAAAUCAAUGAUCAGUUCCCUCAGUAUCAUGGGGGGAAGCAGUGGGCCCCCCUACGAUCGAGCGCACGUCACGGGAGCAUCCUCAAGCAGUUCUUCAAGUACCAAAGGCACUUACUUCCCUGCGAUUUUGAACCCGCCACCAUCGCCCGCCACAGAACGAUCCCAUUAUACUAUGGAAUUUGGGUAUUCUUCCAACAGUCCUUCCACACAUAGGUCCUACAGCUACAGGCCUUACAGCUACCGGCACUUUGCACCGCCCACCACACCCUGCAGCACUGAUGUCUGUGACAGUGACUAUGCUCCUAGCCGGAGAAUGACCUCAGUGGCAACAGCUAAGGGCUAUACCAGUGACUUGAACUAUGACUCAGAACCUGUGCCCCCACCACCCACACCCCGAAGCCAGUACUUGUCGGCGGAGGAGAACUAUGAAAGCUGCCCGCCUUCUCCAUACACUGAGAGGAGUUACUCCCACCACCUCUACCCACCACCACCCUCCCCCUGCACGGACUCCUCCUGAGGAGGGCCCCUCCUCCUCUGACUGCCUCCACCGGGACAUGUAAAUACACAUCUGGUUGAGAUCUGGAGGGGGGGAGGGAGCUAUAGAGAAGAGUGAGGCAGAUCCUGUACAGUUAACAUUAUAAAGUGGGUGGGGUACUGGAGAUAUUUGUACAGAAGAAAAGAAUAUUUAUAUAUUUUCUUAAAACAGCAGAUUUGCUGCUUGUGCCAUAAAAGUUUGUAUAAAAAAUAAAUUUGUACUAAAAGUUUUAUUUUUGCAAACGAAAUACACAGAGCAUGCCUUAAGCCCAGUGAAGAGACUGAGUACAAAGGAAACAGGAAAAGAAAGGCAUCACUGACCAGGAAUGUCUGGGUUUUAAUGAUACCAAAAAAUAAAAAAGGAGAAAGUAAUUCCAUCUCAGAGUGGCAAACUUGGAAGUAGCCAAGUUGCCUUCAGGUUAACUAGCAUUUGAGGGCUGACAAGUCAAGAACCCAUGAAAGAAGAAAUAACAGUGCUAACUUUGGACAAAGGGCUUUGUUUUCUCCAGGAAUCCAAGAGUUUUCAUGAGGAACUAGGUCCUUGUGAGAUCCUCUGUGAGUGCUGCUGUCAUAGGGGCUGAAGUGUCUCUUGCCGGACGCUGUGGAGCUUCUGAGAGCUCACGCCUGUCACAGUUCAUGCUAACACCAGCUGCGUUCCUGGGCUGCCUCCCCAGCGCCUUGCAGACCGUUUGCUAAGAGCCAUGAUUUAUUUAAGCUUUUUAAUCUGACGGAUUGAUUAAAUGGAAUAUACUCAACACGAGAUUGAAUUGAUUUCAGUGUACCUACUAUGUUUGUUCAGCAUUCGGCUGAGCUUUUAAGUUGUUGGCUGUUUUUGCAUAAUCAGAAGUUAGCCAUAUUAUUGGUCUUCCAUGAUUGUUUUAAUGCUCAUUAAAGUGUCUUUUUACAACAUAUAAAAAUGCUUAAAAACCACAAAUCUAACUGUUAUAUUCUUGUAAAUUAGUUUUGUAUCCUUGCAGCAUACAAUAUCACAGUGUGAAAUCAUUUUAUGUAUUUUUUUAGUAAAACAUUUCAAUGUGCUCUGGUUAGAAACAGUCUGUUUAAAAAGAAAUUGUUCUUGUUAGUAUUGUUAGUAGGCUCCCUGUGUGAGCUGUUUGUGACACCUUGCCUUUCUGUGGAGCAGCUUUUCUCAGUACUGUGUGCAGGCAGCCUCUGCCAGUGUGGUUGGUGUGAGGCACCUUCUUGUUACGCACUGUGAAUGUGUGUGGUCACACGAUCCAGUCUGUCCUUACAAUCUCCUCCUGAGUUGCUCUGUGUGUUCUUUCCUAUCCCAUUACAAAUUAAGACAGUUUCACAAAUUUAACAGUGGGGAUUAAAUGAGAAGAUACUGAACUUCUCAGCUGCAGGAACUUGAGCAGUGGAGAUAAUGGAAGCCUCUCCUGUCCCGUGCCUGACCUGCUGUCACGUACCAGGCUGCUCUGUCUGUCACUGUCGGGGCUGGCCUGUGGGAUGACCCUGCCAGAUGUUAGUGUCCUGCUUUCACAUGUGUCUAGUACUCCUCUCCUAAAGUUGAACUGUUUUUAAGCUAGUAUGAUUUUUACCUUAACAGGUGUCAAUUAAUUAUUGAAUAUAUUUUUUAAGUUAUAUAUUGAUGUGAGGCCUCUCUGAGUUUCGGAGCCUAAGGGGAAACAAUGAAAGAAAUUAUUCCAGAAUUUUGGCAUUAAGAAUUAAGUAACUUUAAAAAAAAAAAAAAAA